AUGGCAAAUACUAAUUUGACUGAAUCAGUUGCAACGUACAUUCUUCUCCCAUCAGUUGUGUUUAAAUUCACCGCAAUGAUUAUUGGAGUUGUGGGGAAUACCACAGUUAUAAUUUAUAACAUUUUCUUGAGUAAAGAAAAGACAAUGACAUCGUACUUGGUAGGGAACUUGGCACUGGCAGAUCUUCUCAUGUGUUUAACAUUUUAUCCGGUAUGGAUCAUUGAGUUUAUACAGACUAUAUUAAACAUUGAUAGUGAUCAGGAUCUGUUUUGCAAGUUAAGUCGUUCCAGUCUGCUUGCAUUGUUGUUUGUUUCUGUGGCUACACUUCUUGUGAUCACUAUUGACCGUUACAUAUUCAUUGCAAAACCUUUGAAAUAUCCACUGAUUGUAACCCAAGAACGAGUUAGGAAUAUUGUGGCUGCUAUCUGGGUCAUUUCUUGUGUUGUUCUCUCCUUAACUGCAGUUUUUUUCAAAAAACCAAGACGGCAACCUAAACGAAGUUAUUGCCAAGUUCUGGAUGUAAUCUACUGGCCUUGCGAAAUUUUCAUCCUGUAUAUACCUAUCAUUAUUAUAUUUUCUUUGAAUCUUAAAAUUUUAAAGAUUGCACGAAACCAAAAGCGAAGAAUCUUUCAAGAAACGGCUAAUGUAGGUCAGCCAAACGAAAGUCGUCCUAACCGACGUACAUGUAUAUCUUCAUUUCGUCAGACAAUUGCACUGAAGUCAGUCAAGACAUUUAUAAUCAUUGUAUCUAUAUUGGCAUUGGGUUGUUUUAUUCCAGCAGUCAUCGGAAUAUCACUGUAUUUUGUUUGUAAAACUUGUGAUGCAACUACGAUGUGGUAUGUGGUUUUUAACUUCGAACUUUAUGGAAUUAAUUCACUUGCCAAUCCUUUUGUUUAUGGAAUAAGAGACGCAAACUAUAGAAAAUCUUUAAGGCAGCAUUUUUCAAGGUUAUGCCGCCGUUGACAUCACUAUACUGUACAGUAUAUUUCUGAAAUAAAUAAAGGUGGAGGCCAUAUUCGUAUUUUAAUAAAAUGCAAAACAACGGCAACUUUGAAAUGAACAUAUUGAUAUAAUGAUAUUCUCUUCGCUUUCAACAAUGUUUUCAACAUGUUCAGUUUCGGAGUAAACGAUACCCGUUGUUUUUCAUUUUUUUUAGAAUACCCAUUGAUUCCCGUAACAUUCGACUUGUUAUUGACAGCUAGCUAUAUAGAAAUAGAUAAGUCAUAACUCAUAAACUUGUCGAUUUUAACACCGAUCAGUAUUUGAAAUUAUUCCCAGAAUCUAGAACAUACGAGGUUUCACUUUGACAACAUGUCGGUGCACACGGUCAUGUCAGCGAUAGUUCUACCGAAAAUCUGCUAGAUAAAACACAUUAAGAGGUGAAUUUACUAAUGUAACUAAAGGUUUGGUGAUAACUUAUACGGGAAAUCUGAAGUGGACUGGGAAAUUUGAAGACCUUAAAGAGUUUGUAAAAGACCAUCAAUUGUCGACUGCGAAUUAGACUUCGUCCGGCGGUGCGUGUAAACUGGGUGAAGACAAAAAUUUGAUUAUACGUUGGUAUACUAACACAGAAUCAUUAACAUUAAGAGGGGAAAGAGCGAAUGGAGUUAAAGAUAGGAUCAUAUCCUUCGCCCAAAGUGAGAACAAUUUAGAAAAAUUUGAAUCAAAUCGGCCAUUUCAAGAUCAGGAGGUUUUGCAUAAUAUAUUAUGCAUUACUCCCACUGGUAUAGUCAUGAAAAAAAAACCUCACUCAAUUCUUGAUGAAAAUACGCUUGAAGACCUUAGAUUCGAAAUGAUGGCGUUUAUUACAACUACUAAUGAUAAAUUCGAGGUUCUUACUAAAGAUAUCAAGAUAUUGAAGCAAGAUAAGCACAUGAUCACACUGACAAUUCUCGGUUACUGGCAGAAAUCCAAAAACUACAAGCAGAAAACGAUGAGCAAUGCGCAAUUAUGUGCAUGA